AUGGCGCCCUCUGCAUGGAUUCCUCCUCCCCCUCCAGAUCCAGACACACUAAAGAACCCUCCUCAAUUCACUCCCUUCCCGCUGGUUCAGCUGCGAGCAGGCAAGAUCAAAAAAUCCCUUUGGAAUGGCAAGAUCGAAUCAGCAAUCUACAAGACUCCUUUGACCGGCUCCAUUGAAAUAUCCGAGUUGGGUAUCACGACAGAUGAACAUGCAUUUCCCAAGCAUGUGAGCCCAGACAAGGCUCUCCUCCACUACUGCUCUUCUCAUUACGACGACUGGAAAAAGGAAUUGCCGAACUCAGAACACUACUUCAGACCCGGCGCAUUCGGUGAAAACUUGUUCAGCACAGAAGUUAGCGAGAAGACCCUUUGUAUUGGGGAUCGGCUUGCCAUUGGGGACAUCAUUGUCGAAGUCACCGAACCACGAGGACCGUGCUUCAAACUCAACCACCGUUUCGAAGUCAAGGACAUGGCCAAGCGCACGCAGACUCUUUUUCGCACUGGCUGGCUAUAUCGCAUAAUAAAGACCGGCACCAUCAAGGAGGGGGACAUGAUCUCGCUGCUCGAGCGACCACAUCCGGAAUGGACAGUGGCGCGUAUCAUGUACUAUCUCUUCAUCGAAACCAGCAACACUAAGAUGAUGGAGGAGAUCGUCAAGAUACCUCAGCUUGGUUGGGACAUCAAGGGCCAGUUCCAGGCUAGACUUGACAAGGGCGUAGCUGAGGACCAGAGCGGUAGAUUGUUCGGCGGCGAGGACGAAAAAACAUUCGCCUGGAACGAAUAUCGCCUAGUAGAGAAGAGGAAAGAGACCAAAUAUGUAGCAGCCUUUACGUUUGAGGUAGUAGAGGAUGUUUCCGAUACCCUUCCUGUUCAGCCAGGUAGCCAUGUACGAGUGAAGCUAGGCGGAAAGCUGGUGCGCGCCUACUCAGUAACCAGCGGGACAUCCAAACGUUUUGAACUUGGCGUCGCUCUCGAACCCGAAAGCCGCGGCGGCUCAAAGUACCUGCACGAGGAGGCCAAUAUAGGUGACAUUUUAACGGUUGGGCGCAUCACAGCCAGCUUCCCACUGGCCAAAGAAGCAGACAGUCACAUUAUCAUCGCGGGUGGCAUAGGCAUUACAGCCUUCCUAGUCGCACUUGAGCAGCUUCAGGAAACAAAGCAAAACUUCCAUCUGCAUUACGCCGUUGCGGAAGAAGUACCUUUCGUAGCCCAAAUUACAGCACUAGGCCCACAUGCAACCAUCUACAACAAGUCUGCCGGUCAGCGCCUAGACGUCUCUUCCAUUCUCGGUAAAUCAAACGACCGGACACACAUCUACACCUGUGGGCCAACCCGACUCAUGGACGAUGUUGUCAAAACCGCACAGUCUUACGGCAUUCCCGAGUCGUCCGUCCACAUCGAAGCCUUCACAACCACAACUUCCGGUGAUCCAUUUACAGCAGAGCUCCAAAAGAGCAAGAGGACUGUACAAGUUGGCGCAACGCAAUCGCUACUCGAUGCACUGAAAGCCGUAGGCAUGGACAUUGAUAGCUCCUGCGAAGUGGGCAAUUGCGGAACAUGUACGGUAGACGUAUCCUUGAUCAUGGUUUUUCAGGUACUCUUCGACUACGGGUUUCUGGUAAUUCGGACGUUCGAAGAACUGCGAAAAUCCGGAGCCAGAGGAAAGUAA